AUUUUCUAUCUUGCCCACUGCCUUGCCCUUUAAAUAUUCCUCGCCUUGCACAUUCAUUUCACAGAAGCCUUUGGGAUUCGCAAAGUGAGGUGUUUCUUCUAUUCUCUCAUACUGAGAAUUAUAAUGAAAAUGGGUUUGGGCAUUUGGGUGGUGUUGCUGCUGUUGCCUAUUAUCUGCUGCUCUGCAUGUUUUGAAGACGAGAGAAAAUCUCUAUUGGAUUUCAAGAAAGGCCUUAACUUCACUUCCUCUUAUCGCAAGUUGGAAUCGUGGAGAGGGUUGAACUGCUGCGCUUGGGAGGGAGUGGGCUGCCACCCACGCACUGCCCAUGUCCUCUCCUUAGAUCUUCACUUCUUUGAAUGGAGUGAAAUUCGAGGGAGGCUAUUCCAACUGCUAAAUUUGGAGCACUUGGACCUCUCUGAGAAUAAUCUUACUAUGGCAGGAGAUACUUUGUUGCGGAGCAUUGCCUCUCUCACCAAUCUCACAACAAUUACCAUGGCAAGUUGUGGACUAUCUGGAGAAAUUCCUCCCUCCUUUGCGAAUCUCUCACGGCUUCAACGGUUGGACCUUUCAGGAAACUCAUUAAGAGGUAAGAUCCCGGCCUUUGGUGGAUCUCUGCCUUUGUCAGAGUUUUAUCUUUCUGAUAAUAAUUUGGAAGGUUCUCUCCCCUCAUCUUUAGGUGGCAAAUUAAAUGGUACCAUUCCAUCUACUCUGAGUAAUAUCUCAACCUUGUGGGUGCUCUAUCUGCACGAUAAUUCUUUGAUUGGUCCAAUCCCAACUUCCUUUGGUAAGCUAUCCAAGCUAGGGUAUCUUGACUUGUCCAACAACAGGUUGAAUGGAACUUUCUCAUUUUUUAUUUUGAACAAUUGCCCCAAACUUGAUCUUUUGGAUCUCUCAGGCAAUAUGUUGACCAUCAAAGUGAACACCUCUGUCAUUCCCAAAUUUCAACUUACCUGCUUAGCUUUGCAUCAAUGUAAUAUUAGAGGAAAUUUUCCCACAUUUGUUUCAACUCAAUAUGUCAUUGAAUACUUAGAUUUGUCAAAUAACUCUCUCAGUGGCUUUAUUCCAAAUUGGCUUUGGGAAAUCACAUCCCUUUUUCACAUAGACUUGUCAAAUAACUUAUUUGAUGGUUCAAUCCCAAAAUAUGUAGAUCUUGAUUUUCUAUCAUUGGCAAAAAAUAAUCUUAGUGGUUCUAUUUUAGAUUCUAUUUUUGAAUCGGAGAGUUUGAGUAUUUUAGACUUGUCAAAUAAUAGAUUAAGUGGUAGGAUUCCCCAGUGUCUAAAGAACUGCGCUAAUUUGUCUACAUUGAAUCUAGAGAAAAAUAAUUUAAAUGGGAUGAUACCAAAUCUAUGUAAGAGAAUGAGUUCUCUUGAGGUAUUGAAAUUAGGAGACAAUGCACUUGAAGGGCAAGUUACAUCGUGGCUUGGAAACUGUAAGAGUCUAAAAAUUCUUGAUUUGCGAAAUAAUAAUUUGCAAGGAAACAUUUCAGAUUGGAUUAAAAGAUUGCACAAUCUCCAAGUUUUAAGUUUAAAAAAUAAUAAAUUUAACGAUGAAAUUCCAUUGCAAUUAAAUAAGCUGCAAAAUCUUCAAAUUUUGGACUUGUCAAACAAUAAUUUUUUAGGGUCUAUUCCAAUUGACUUUAUGAAGUUAACUGCAAUGGCAAAUCAAUCAGAAAACAAAGAGACCCUUCAACAAGAAUAUAGAUUUAACAAUAUUUAUGAAAACUAUUAUUAUGUAGAUGAAAUAAUAGUUAAGAAUAAAGGACGAGAUAUGGAGUUUGCAAAAAUUCUAAGAUUAGUAAAAUGUCUCGACCUCUCUAACAAUAAUUUGUCUGGUAACAUUCCUAAAAAUAUUGGAUCACUCAAAGGUUUAGUUAUUCUCAACAUUUCAAGAAAUAAUUUCAAUGGAGAGAUUCCUAAAUUCAUUGGAGAUAUGAUACUGUUGGAAUCGCUUGAUCUUUCACAAAACAAACUAUCUGGGGCUAUUCCUACUGAAUUGCAAUUUCUCACAUCCUUAAGUUACUUUGAUGUGUCUUAUAAUUACCUAUCAGGGAUGAUACCACAAGGAGGACAAAUGAUGACAUUUGAUUCAGCAUACUUCUCCAACAAUUUAGGCCUAUGUGGCCUACAAAUCUAUGUGUCAUGCUUAAGUAACCCGCCUGAUUCUCCAAAGGAACAUGAAGAAAAUGAUGAGGAUAUAGAGGAUGAUAUAUGGUGGGAUGUAGGAAUGGCAACAGGUUAUGUAAUUAGCUUUUCAAUUGUAAUGGGAAUGUUGUGGGUUAACAAAACCUGUAGCAUCAUGUGCUUCAAAUUCAUGGAUGGUAUUAUAAUUGGCCUAUUCCAAACAAUGUGAGAGCAAUUCUUCUCUUAAAUGUUGGAUCAUUUAUGCUCUACUUUUGAUCAAUAAGCUAAUCAUGCAACAUGUAUUGUCAUAUUGCAUGCUGCAGAGUGCCAAAUACAUGGAACAAUAGCAAUUUUGUGAUGUAUGUUAAAAGCUAUGAAGCAUAUUUUGUGUCAAAUUUUAUAAAUUUUGUUUGGAAA